CUCUGUGCUGCCCGGACGGAUAGCGCUGCGUGGAGGCUCGGCUGGGACACCCAGACUUCUGAAGCAACAUUGACUUUCAUGGCAUCAACUCCUGAACCCUGGAUGUAUUCUUCAUCCCGACUCAGGGCUGGGUCUCACACAGUAUGGUUUGGGGGCUGCAGAGCUGCAUAGCAUUGCUCAUCACAGAAUGCUCACAAGCACUGCUGAUGUACCAAGAUUCUCAGGAGGCCAUAAAUCACCCUAAAUAGCCCAAGCCUGCGGGAGUCCCAUUUCUUUGCUCUGGAAUCUACCCAGGCAGCUCAUGAAAUCAGAUGAGCUUCCAGGAGAUCUGGAGACAGGGGAUGAAACCACUCCCCCACCAUCCAGCCCAGGAGUCUGGGAGCAUGUCCUGUUAACCAGGGACAGUCCUGAAGACCUGCAUACCAAACUCCUGCUUUGCAAUGACCACUCAUUCCCAGAUUACCUGGUGUUCGCUCUUUCGUACCUGCCUUACUACAGAACAUCUCACCUCUUAACCAGCCCGUCUUUCCUCCCUGCAUCUCACAUCAGCACAGAAACAGAAGAAAGCUUCGAUGAAGGCAAGGUUGACACUAAACAGGAUGAGAAAGUCAGUUAUUCAGCUGUCUCCACAGGAUAUUUUCCAUAUUACAGAACAUAUGAAGAGCUUCUUGGCCAGCCACUCACACAUGGAUUAAAUGUAGAGGAAAAAAGGCCUGAUAAUGAUGGGAAAGAUGAAAGCGAAGGAGAUGCUGAGUCAACUACCCCACUGAGUUUGGAGUUGGACAAGAGGGUAUGUUCUCCCAUGACCGAUGAAGAGCCACCAGCGCAGCAGCUCCUAAGAGACAGCACCACUGCACACUGCCUGUCCACCAGCUACUUCCCCAGUGGGCUGCCAGGUCUGGACCACCUCUUUGGCUUCAGUGGGUACUUCCCUUACUACCAGACAGAGGGAGAGCUCUGCACCGACCCAGUUCUAGAGGACAGGUCCUUCACCGGGAUGGAAGCUUUGGAGAACAAAGAAGGAGGACACGGGGGAGAAAUAGAUAUUUGGAGUCUCCGUUCCAGCUGCUUGGUGUGCUGAGAACAAAGCAGGGGGGUUGUCUUUGCCAGUGAAAGACUGAGUCAAAGCAGGCGUGAAAAGAAGCUCUUGAAACCUACAACAGCAUGAAAAUCUGCAUGAAUGUGGAGUGAAAAUACUUCUCAACAAGUGGUAAUCCAGACUGUGUAAAGACAGCAGAGAGCAGCAAAGGAAGUGACUAUUUGGGGGAAUCCGGAUGAAGUUGCCGUAGAAAACAUCCUGAAGGAGGAGAGUGAGGAAGAGAACUGUGUUUUUCUGUGGCUAAUCCCAAAGGCUAGAUGCUCACUUGAGAGAUGUGCAGCUAUGGGGAAUGGCCAAUGGGAAAAAAAAGAGAGAAUUAUUUAAAUCUAAGCUGCUUGGAGGAAUUAAGCAGAGACAUAAUUUCCAGUAAGGAUUGGGAAAUACAUUUACCUCUCCCCUCCACUACAAUCCUUCCAUUGUAUUAAUGGCAUCUGUUAGACCUGGUUACUGUGUGCACAGUCAUACACAGGAGGAAAAACCCAUUUGUAUUUCAAUUCUUUGUCAAUAAAAUGUUGUG